UCCAAAAUUAGAAACGAAACAAUCUUGAUAAGAAUUUUGGUAUUCGUUUCAAGUGUGAACAAUCGUUGUCGUGUUUGAGUGACUAAAAAACGAUUACUCAAAAUGAAUAAUUUAAUUAGCUAAUCGAAAAAGCCAAAAGUUAGUUUAUGUUUCCAGCUAUAUCUGUAUGUGCUUCUUUCUCGGUCAAAGGAAGGCGCAUGACGUGUAUUGGUGCUUUGAUCGUAACAAAGGGAUUUAGAAAACGGAGACUCAUUAGUCAUUGAUGGAGAAACUCAUGAAUUGUUAUCGAGGCAAGUCGUCAAAAGAGACGCGAGUCAUCAAAAGAAUUACACUGGGCACGAAUUAUGAUUAGAUAUUUUAAUGCCCUACAAUACUGUAGAGAUUUAGAUUUCGCGUCUUACUCUCAAAACAAUGUGCGAGCGCGAUUGUUGACGUAUUAGGGAACUAACGUAAGUUGAUUAUGAGACCGAUAUCUAUAAAUAUCGCGGUAUUGACAUUGAGAUGGUGACUAUGAUUUGUAUCGCGAGUCGAGAGGGUUUUUGAUUUUAUAUAAUAUUAUAUAGUAAUUAAAGUAACGAUUAAAAGAAAGAAAUUUUUAUAAUUUAAGAUUUCGCGGGAACGGAAGUGAGACGAGUUCGAAAAGAAUUUGACUGUUCAUGGUGUGAACAAUUGCCACAUCGUUAUUUCUAAGUGAAUAUGGAAAUAAACAGAGAGAAAGAGAGUGAGAGUGAGAAUGAGAGAAAGAAAGGAAGAAUCAAAUUCAAAAGUGAGUGGAGCGAUUACUCCUUGUCAGAAUUAAAAGAAAUACUGAAAUUUAAGGGACUACCAAUCACUGGAUUGAAAGAAGACUUAAUAAGACGAUUGCAAGCAGACCAACAAUAUCAGUCUCAGACAAUAAAGAAAUCAAACGCUAUAUUAAGUGAAAAAGAAAGAAAGCAAACAACGGAUAUAACGGCAGCAAUAAGAUACUCUACCAAUAUAAGUAUCAUUCAGAGAGAGAUUGAAUUGUAUCGGAAAGAGGCUAUGUUAAAUCGGAAAGAGGCUAUAUUAAAUCGGAAAGAAAAAGAGCUUGUUGAGCGGGAAUUGGCAUUGAUUAAAAAAGAACUCGAGAAGAUUCAGCAAGUCCAGGUAAAUACAGAUGUCCGUACACAAGAGAAAAGCCGCUAUUUUCAUAAACCGUUGGAAGAUCGACAUAGCGAUGAUGAUGUCUCGGUCAAGCGGAAUAAAGAUACUAAGCGAACGGAACGUGAGAGAGAGCAGCCAAAAACACCGAGCUGUUGUUUUAAUUAUGGUCAACGUGAUUAUUCGGAAGCUAACUGUCGAAUAAAGUACAAGGAUGCUAAGUACCAUUUCAAGAAUAGCGGGCAUAUCGCCGCCGAAUGCAACAAAAAAAAUGAAGAAAGAAGAAAUACUUAUGCUAGGGAGAAGUCUGAAAAUGACCGUUAUGACCCUAUUCGCAGAAUCAAAACUGCCACACGGUAUUUACGGUCGACGUAAAUUUCAUUUUCCCAAUAUAAAAUGGAAUUAGGCUACACCUAUUUUAAAAUGCUGGUGAUAAAAACAUUCUGCCUAAAGUAGUGAUGCUCAACGUGCGGCUUGUUUAUUUUUGUGGCCCAUCGGCAUAGCCAGAAAUAUAAAAUCGUACUUUUUAUGUUAUACAAACAAAAUAAACACUAUGCGAUCCAUAAUUUAUUUUCUAUUUUUGAAAAUGACUAUUGAAAAUGAUCCUUAGGAAAGUUGCGCAUCACUUGCCUGAAGUAUCGAUUACAUUGUAUUAAUAUGCAUAUACGUAUACAUACAUUCAU